GCUUAUCGCGGCUACAGGCGAGGAAAAAAACCCUCUCAGUUUCCAGGUGAGUAUCCUCCGCUCUCUGAAUAUGAAUCAGAUUCACCAAAGGUGGAAGAAGAGGAGGACCUGUUUCUCAUUCGAGCCCAAGGGCUGCCAUACUCUUGCACCGUGGAAGAUGUGGUUUACUUUUUUGCCGGCUGCCAAAUUCGAAACGGUGAGAAUGGCAUACACUUCCUUUUGAACAGCAGUGGCAGACGCAGGGGGGAUGCUGUGAUUGAACUAGAGUCAAAAGAGGAUGUGCAGAAAGCGUUAGCAAAGCAUCACAGCUAUAUGGGUCAGCGAUAUGUGGAAGUUUUUGAAAUACGUGAUGAAGAUGUAGAUGCUGUAUUGAAGAGUCUGCUCCCCCCUCCACCUCCUGUUAAUGAUGGAGUUGUACGUCUCCGAGGCCUUCCAUUCAGUUGCACUGAAGUAGACAUUGAAGAGUUUUUUGCAGGUUUGAGUAUUGCUGAGAUAACAUUUGUUAUGGACCCAAGAGGAAAAAGGAAAACUGGAGAAGCCUUUGUGCAGUUUACUGCUCCAGAAAUGGCAAAGCAAGCCCUGUUAAAGCAUAAGGAGGAAAUUGGGCAUCGGUACAUUGAAAUAUUUCCCAGCAACAGGAGUGAAAUUCAAACCCAUAGUAGCUCUCCCUGGAGAAGGAAGAUGACCCCUUACCCAGUCACUAAAUUGACAAAAGAAUCUGAAUUGGUCUUUGAAGCAAAUGAAGCUGGGAAGACUCAAAAACCACACACAACCUCUGAAAGUGAGAGAGAGAAUGAACCUUACAGAGAAGUAAGUGAAAAGCCUGAGGAUGCUUUGGAAUGUGGGAAUCCCCAUCUAUUACUGCAUUUUGUUCAUCUGAGAGGCCUGCCAUUCCAGGCUAGUGCCCAAGACAUUAUAAACUUUCUUGCUCCUUUGAAACCUGUAAAGAUUACCAUGGAAUAUAAUUCCAGCGGGAAGGCUACAGGAGAAGCAGAUGUUCACUUUAAGAGCCGUAAGGAUGCGGUUGCUGCUAUGGUCAAGGACAGGUCACACAUGCAGCAUAGAUAUAUUGAAUUGUUCCUGAAUUCAUAUCCAAACAAAAAUUCCCGGUGACAGUGGCACAACCCCAAGGUAGGCUAAAGUAAGCAGCAUUUCAUUCGCACAUACCUAGAGGUGGAAUUACAGGCACUUUUGUCUGACAGCAAAGAGAAAAUCUAAAGGACACUUUCUGAAUUGCCUUUAAAAGCAGCUUGUAUCAAAUUCUGUCAUUCGGGUUUGUGUAAGAAGCACAUAAUAAAUUUCAUUCACAUCCUGUACAUGAUUUGGCUGAUGUAAAAACAGGAAAAGGUCCACUGCUGCCCUUAUACUAGUUGUUAAUACUGUACGGUCAGGGGAAGGUCUGGUUCUGUUUUUGCCAAAACUGAAAUGGUAGCCCCUGUGCAUUAGAAUUCAGUAGCUUAAUUCUGAUCUGAGCUGCCUGUUGGAUCAGGAAACAGUUCUUGCUGAGAAGCUUGUAAUAUGUAAACACCAUCUGAACAGUUAAAUGUACCUAUAAAAGAGCCAGUCUUUUGAAGCUAGAGCAUAACUUUUUGUAAGUUUGAUUACAGAAGACAGAAGGACAAAUGCAAGAGUCCAAAAUGGUACCUCUAAUAGAGAUACCAUUCCAACAGUGCUUUCCUUAGUGUGCAGCAAACAGCCGUUGGCCUUCGUGCUUUAGGAUACUGUUGGACACUUUGAAAUUGCCUCGGCCCAUUCAGUUUAUAGAAACUAAAUAGCAAACUACAACCUGAGGUAGAAGGUGAGUGAUUUUUUU